AAGUGCAAGCAUGGCAUCCAUGGAAGAAAACUUUCCUCGAGGGGGCAUCCAGAAAAAACCCACAGAGGGAAAAACACUCAACACAAAGUUAGAGCGGGACAAUUUGUUCGAUGUUCGCCAUGAAGAAAAGUCCCAGAAAAGAAAAAGGAGCCAAAAGGAUCAAGGAAAGAAAAAAAAGUUCAAAGCAGACAACAUAGCUGCUGCUAAAGAAAGUUUUGUGACUAUUGAGCCAUUGAUGAUUGAGGCACUCUGUGAGGGGAUGCUGCUCCUUGGCUGUAUAAAAGAGGUCAGUGACUACGAGCUAGUUGUAAGUUUGCCCAAUGGACUUUCAGGAUUUGUGCCGGUCACACAGAUCAGUGAUGCCUACAACAAAUUGCUGAGCAAGCAGGUGGCCCAAGGAGAACUUCUGGAGGACUUGAAUUCGCUCGUGGACUUGUAUUCUCCAGGGACACUGGUCAGGUGUAUUGUGACCACUAUUGAGAAGAGUGCUGAUGGACGUCGGAGUGUCAAAUUAUCGAUUGACCCCAAGAAGGUCAAUAAGGGACUGAAUGCUUCAGCACUAGCAUCAGGCAUGCUGCUCUCUGGCGUCGUGUCUAGUGUGGAAGACCACGGCUACCUCAUUGAUAUUGGAGUCAGUGGGACUAAUGCUUUCCUGCCUCGUCAGAAAGCCCAAAAUUACAUCAAAACAGUCAAGAGAGGGUCUGACUUGAAAAUAGGCCAGAAUCUGAACUGUGUUGUUGUGGAAGUAAAGAACGAGGGAAGAGUGGUCCUUUUGUCCAUUGACCGAUCAGAGGUUGCUUCAUCCCUUGCAACAGAGAGACAGAACUGGUCACUCUCAAACUUAUUGCCAGGGCUGGUGGUGAAAGCUCGAGUGCAGAAGGUGGCCCCCCUUGGGAUCAAGCUGAGCUUUCUGUCUUUCUUCACUGGCAUUGUGGAUUUCAUGCACAUGGACCCAGAGAAAUCCACGAGCUAUUCUCCAAAUCAAGUGGUGAAAGCCUGCAUCAUCUCUAUCAACCCCACAUCCAAGGUGGUGCGGCUCACUCUGCGGCAGGCCUUCCUCCACCCUGGGGGAUCCCCAGACCAGGUCUCCAAUGAUCGCAUAGGGGCAGUGGUGGAGGAGUCGACAGUGAAAGCUUUCUACAAGCAGUUUGGUGCAGUCUUUGAGCUUGAUGAUGGCACUCUUGCAUUUGCACGGUUGAAACAUCUUUCAAAAACCAGAAAAUCAUUUAAACCUGGAGCAUUUAAAGCAGGAUGCAAACAUAAAUGUCGAAUCAUUGACUACAGCCUGAUGGAUGAGAUGUGUAUUGUAUCUCUGAAGUAUCAGAUUAUUGAAGCCCGGUUUCUGCAGUACCAAGAUAUCCACACAGGGGAUGUGGUGCAGGGUAAAGUGUUUGCUCUGAAACCUAUUGGGAUGCAGGUGAAAGUGACUGAUGCGAUUAAAGGGCUUGUGCCAUCUAUGCAUCUUGCUGAUGUGAUCCUCAAACAGCCUGAAAAGAAGUAUAACAUAGGAGAUCAAGUCAGGUGUCGGGUGCUGGAGUGCAAUCCUGCAGGAAAGAAGCUGAUCCUUACUUUAAAGAAAAAUCUUGUUCAAUCGAAACUUCCAGUCCUCUCCAAUUAUGAAGAUGCAAAACCAGGUCUGAUCACACAUGGCUUUGUGGUGUGUGCAAGGGAAUUUGGCUGCAUUGUGAAGUUCUACAAUGAUGUCAAAGGUCUGGUACCCAAGAAUGAGCUGAGCUCAGAACCCAUAUCUUGUCCCGAUAAAGUCUUCCAUGAAGGACAGGUUGUUAAAGUAAUGGUCUUAAAAUGUGAGCCCCAGCAGGAAAGACUCUUGUUGUCCUUCAGGUUAUCAAGCAAACCAGCCCUGGACAGCAAAAAGGAAUGUACUCCAAAGAAGAAACAGGAAGUGAAAUAUCAAAUAGGAGAGAUGGUUGAUGUAAAAGUCUUGAAGAAGAAAGAUAAUGGGCUAGAGGUUUCUGUCUUGGAAGAUGAAGGCAAUGUGAUAGCCUCAAUUCCCACAGUGCACCUCUCUGACUUUGUUGCUACCUGCAAGCUCCUGUGGCAUUGUCUUCAAGAGGGAGAUGUCCUGCCCAGAGUUAUGUGCCUAAGUGACAACGGAGAGCGUAUUAUCUUGAGCAGAAAGUCUGCAGUGAUUUCUGCAGUACAGGAGGAGCAGGUUGUGAGAAGUUUCUCUGAAAUCCAGCCUGGGAUGCUGUUGACUGGUUACGUGAGGAAUGUUAUGCCUUUUGGAGUGUUUGUGGAGUUCCCUUUUGGUGUGACAGGACUGGCACCCAAAGUGAGCAUGAGUGACAAGUUUGUGACGGACACCAAGGACCACUUUGUGGUGGGACAGACUGUGAUUGCGAAGGUGAUGAGCAUUGAUGAGGAGAAGCAGCGCGUGCUCCUCAAUCUGAAGGUGUCAGAAUGCAGCUCAGGCGAUUCUGCUGCAGAGAGCUUUGCCCUACUGAAUCAGUAUUUCAAGGAGAUGAAAGAAAUCAGGAAUUUGUUGAGAAGAAGAGGGGAGUCCAGCAUGACUCAAGGCCUUUGUGAGUUGGUGCCUGGGAAGGAGCUGCAGCUGGUUGUGCAGGAUGUGAAGGAGGAUGGCUCAGCACUGUUCAGUGGCAGCUGUGUUACAGGCUUGACUGUAACAGCCACUCGCUACCAUUUGGGAGACAAAAAAAUUAUUCCUGGUGAGAAAACCAAGGCUCUGGUUCUUCAUGUGGAUGCCCUCUCAUCCAAGGUCUAUGUUUCUCUUCGGGAAGAACUGUUAAAACGAAGAGCCAAGCAACGGCUCACAGAGAACUCCCAGCACUAUGCCAUCGUGCAGCACAUAGCAGAAGAGUUUGCUGUUGUAUCUUUGGAAACAGGCCAGCUGGCAGCUAUCCCCAUAGCAUCUCACUUCAAUGAUACCUUCCGCUUUGACUCAGAAAAACUGAAGGUGGGACAAACGAUCUCUGCAACCUUAAAAGCAGUGAAGGAGAAUGACCACGGACUCCUAUUAGCAGUACAAGGCUCAGCAAAGAAUAAUGUUUUUGUAAGGGUCCGGAAUGAAUCUGAGACAGCAUUAGAAGAGGUGCUUGCUGCUGUGAAACACUCGCUUUCCCUGGGGGAUGUUGUUACUGGUACUGUUAAAUCUGUCAAACCAACCCAUGUCACAGUUGCUAUUGAUGACAAGCUGACAGGUUCAAUCCAUGCAUCCCGGAUUCUGGAUGAAGUUCCCAUAGGCUCUUUUCCAACGUUUACUCUGAAAGCUGGACAGAAGGUGACUGCUCGAGUCGUUGGAGGCAGAGAUGUGAAUACUCACAGAUACCUGCCUAUCACCCAUCCACACUUCACACGGUCCAUUCCAGAGCUCAGCAUUCGACCAAGUGAAAUAGAAGGGGAAGUCACAGCAGUGCUGAGCCGUAAAGAAGACAGUGCCACCAAGAAACUUGGACUAUACAGUGUUGGACAGACAAUCACCUGCUUUGUGAAAAAGUAUAACAUCCUUAAGAAUUGGCUGGAGGUAGAAGUUGCCCCUGACAUUCGAGGAAGAGUUCCUCAUCUGCUGCUGUCUCUGAACACCAAGGUCUUGAAACAUCCAGAAAAGAGCUUCAAAAAUGGCCAGGCAAUAUCGGCUACAGUGACUGGAACAGGUGUCACCGAAACAAACCUCUACUUGUCACUCACAGGAAUUCAGUCACUGGAGCAGGGCACCAUCACUGUGGGCAUGGUAACAAAGGUGACUCCACACAUUGGUUUGACCAUUACGCUGCCAGGUGGGAAGAGAGGCAAAGUCAGCAUCUUUCACCUGAGUGAUACAUACACGGAGGACCCUCUGGGUGACUUCAAAGCUGGCAAGAUUGUCAGGUGUUACAUCAUCUCCAAUGAGAACGGCAAAAUCCAGUUAUCUCUCCGCCAAUCCCGGCUAAACCCAAAAAGCAAAAGCAAAGUGGAGGAUGUUGAAAUAACAUGUAUUAAAGAUGUUAAAAAAGGCCAGCUAGUGAGAGGCUAUGUCAAAUCAGUCACUUCAUCAGGUGUAUUCUUUGGCUUGUCGCCUUCUCUUCUGGGCCGAAUACUGUUCCAGAAUGUCUCCCCUUACUUUGUACAGAAACACUCCCUAUAUGAAAAAUACCUGCCUGAAGGAAAGCUGCUCACUGCCAAGGUGCUUGGUGUAAAUGCUAAAGAAAAACAUAUUGAGCUUUCUCUCCUACCUGAGGACACUGGGAUGCCAAGCAUCUUGCCUGAAUCCCUGGGCCUACCACGAUAUGAUGCAAAAGAAGAGAAAAGACAGGCAGAUGAUAGGGAGAAGAGAGAACAGUUUAAGGUGAAGACAAAACGGAGAAUAAGAAGCUCUGAAAGUGAGCAGGAGGCAAAGCCAAAAAAAAGGAAGAUCUGCCCCACAGAUGAAAAUGACAGUGGAAUUGAGGUAUAUUACCGGGAGGAGGAGGAGGAUGACCAGGAGGAAGAGGCAGAUAAAAAGAAAUCUAAGAUAAGAAAACCUGGUGAAGCUCCCAGGCUGCAGGUUUCUGUGGGGUUCACCUGGGAUGAGGAUAUGAAUGCCAUGGAUAUACCUGUGCUGAAUCAGAAGGAAGAGAGCUCAGAGAGCGAGGAGGAGGAGGAUCUGCACUCAAAGCUGAAAAAACAAACAAAGAAGGAGAAGGAGCUAGAGAAGCAGAAGAAGGAGAAGGAGCUGUGCAAAUUAGAGGCAGCUCUGAUGGACCCCAGUCGACAGCCCCAGUCAGCAGAUGACUUUGACCGCCUGGUGCUGAGCAGUCCCAACAGCUCCAUUCUCUGGCUACAGUACAUGGCUUUCCACCUCCAGGCUACUGAGAUUGAGAAGGCCAGAGCUGUGGCAGAGAGAGCGCUUAAAACAAUCAGCUUCAGGGAAGAACAGGAGAAGCUGAAUGUCUGGGUAGCUUUGCUGAACUUGGAGAACAUGUAUGGUACUGAGGAGACACUGAUGAAGGUCUUUGAGAGAGCCAUUCAAUACAACGAACCUCUGAAAGUCUUCCAGCAUUUGUGUGACAUAUAUGCCAGUUCAGAGAAGUACAAGCAAGCAGAAGAAUUGUACCACACCAUGCUGAAGCGUUUCCGUCAGGAGAAGUCUGUGUGGCUGAAAUAUGCCUCUUUCCUCCUGAGGCAAGGCCAGACUGAGGCUACACACAGGCUUUUGGAUCGUGCUCUCAAGGCUUUGCCCACCAAAGAACAUGUGGAUGUCAUUUCAAGGUUUGCACAGCUGGAGUUCCGUUCUGGGGACUCAGAACAUGCCAAGGCUCUCUUUGAGAGCACCCUCAGCAGCUAUCCCAAGCGAACAGACAUCUGGUCCAUCUACAUAGACAUCAUGAUCAAACAUGGCAGCCAGAAGGAAGUACGGGACAUCUUUGAGAGGGUUGUACACCUGAGCUUGGCACCAAAGAAGAUGAAAUUCCUCUUUAAACGUUACCUGGAUUAUGAGAAGAAAUUUGGUACAACAGAAAGUGUCCUGGCUGUUAAAAGAGCAGCACUUGAGUAUGUGGAGACCAAGAGUUCCCUUGCUGACAUCUGAUUCAAGUAAAAGCAGAGAGACUCAGCUCUAAAUGCAGUGUGGAAACUGAGACGUGGAAUUCUGCCAUGAGUGUCCAUGGACAGUGAGUUGCUGGAGAGUAUUGGUCUAUGACCAAACCAAACUGCAAAGAGCAAACUAAGGAAUAGAUUUGAUAAAUGUUUGCAGCUUUGUCCAGAUGUUACAAAUAAUCCUGGUCUGUUGAUGACUUUGAAGACAUGUUUUUUAAAUAUAGGCUGUUUUAUAACCAAUACAAA